AAAUUACAGAGCGGCCAUUUUGAAUUAUGUUAAGUACAAGCCUCAAGUAAGAGAAGAAGAGGAUUCCAUGUUGCAACAUGAACUUGAAAUGGCAUCCCUUAAAACUUCCCUGAAUGUACGCCGCUUUUCCGUCUUCGUCUUCAUCGUUUUUGUAACCAUUCUCUGGAUUUUGAAAGGAUUUCCAAACCCUUUUAAGCGUUAUACACUUAGAUCAACAACUGAUCGGUUCCUUGCCAUAGAGAGGGAAAUCAAACGAAUGAAAAGGAAAUUGGAAGACAAAAGUAGGAUAAUGGAGCUUGAAAACUAUACCAAACUUGCACAGUACGCAACACCGAAAGUUGUUCUUGGAUACACAACUUUCUUUGGACAAAAACCAUGGAAGUGGCUGCCAAAUUCAGACGUUUUUAAUCACUGGGAAGGAAUAAAAUGUCCUUACUUUCAAUGUAGAUUGACUUACGACAACAAGGAAUAUACGAAAGCCGACGCUGUGUUAUUCCACGCUUUUGAAAUGCCAGGGACCUUCGCUUUGUCAAACUUAGCAAAAUACAGACCGAAAAAUCAAAAAUGGAUCUAUUUCGCCUUAGAAAAUCCUGAUAAUAAUCCAAGGGCUGUUGGAUUGGAUAAUUAUUUUCACUGGAAGAUAAAUUACAGGCGGGAUUCUGAUGUAUUUGCCCCAUAUGGGUAUUACUACCCGUUCAGUAACAAAGCGGAGGGUGAGCAAUAUCAUUCAGAAAUAAACACAGGACAGAAAGACAAAUUUGUUCUAUGGACAGUGAGUCACUGUGAUCUCCCAAGGGAAGAUUAUGUGCGCAAACUUUUAAAAUAUAUUAAAAUAGAUAUAUAUGGAGCUUGUGCUGGGAACGUUGGCUCAAAACCAGCUCCUGGAAAGUGCAUAUACAACGCGAAGGAGUGCGACGUUUUGAAAAAGCGCUACAAAUUUCAGUUAGCUUUAGAAAACUCUAACUGUGUUGACUAUAUAACUGAGAAAUACUGGAAGGCCAUUGACCUUGGGAUAGUACCUGUAGUUCUGGGGGGGUCAGGCUAUGGCAAAGAGAUUGCAAUACCUGGGUCUUUUAUAGAUGUGAUGCAGUUUAAAACAGUUAAAGAUCUUGCUGAUUAUUUAACGUAUUUGGACAAGAACGAUGCUGAAUAUCGACAGUACUUUGAAUGGCGGAAGACAUACAGGGCUGUGGGGUCAGCGCCUUGGAGCUGUACUCUAUGCGCAGCAUUGAAUAUUCACACGAAAACUAAAGCUAUUCCAAACCUGGCAGAAUAUUGGAGUAGUAAAAAACAGUGUGGUGUGAGAGACAGCAAGAUAAGGGAAAUUCUUGCACGGGAAUCGCGAAGGAUAUAGCAUAAUUUAAUAUAUUUUUUAAAUUAAUUUAAAACCGAGGAGAAAUACCUUCAAAGUAAAGAGUAAUUUAACAAUAAAGUGUAGUUCACGGGUUCAUGAAGUGAAACACCGUAAAAGCGUGAAAAUCACUAGAGUGUAAACACUAAAACCAUGAAAAAUUGAAAUAAAACAGUGCUAAGUCUGAAAAACGUUUGAGACCUUUGCCAGCCAUCAAUGCAUGCAACCUGCCUAUUUACAACACGUGUACAACAUAGUCGUAGAGAUUGAAAAUAACUGUUUAAUAGCCCUACGACAGUUGUAACCAUGUUGUGAGAAUGACUAA